AUGGAAAUCACCAACAAAAUGCGUUUCCACGGUGAGAAGAUAGACGAUGUUGCCAUUGUGGAGAAGAUUUUGCGCUCGCUGACACCAAAAUAUAAUUAUGUGGUCUGCUCAAUCGAAGAGUCAAAAUAUAUAGAUGCACUAUCUCUUGAUGAAUUGCAAAGUUCUUUACUGGUUCAUGAACAGAAGAUGAACAAAGAUUCCACGGAAGGGGUAGAGGUAGAGGCGGAGCAAGAGAAAGAGGAGAUCGUGGAGGAUAGUUCAACAGAAAUUUCAAAGGCAACACUGAUCAAUUUCAAGGCAAAGGCAGUCGAGACCAUGACAAAUCCAAGAUUGCCUAAUGAUAAAGAAAAGGAAGAAAGUGCCAACUUUGUCGAAAAUAAAGAAGUAGAAACUUUGUUAAUGGCUGUCCAAGGUGGAAUAAAACAUGAGUCGGAUAUUUGGUAUAUAGAUAUCGGAUUGAUGGGAAAAUGUGAUAUCAAGAUUAAAAUCAAGAAUGGUUUUGUUGAAACAAUCUCUAAUGUGUUGUAUGUUCCCGACUUGAAAAGCAACUUACUGAGUGCUGGUCAAUUGCAAGAGAAGGAUUAUGUCAUCACUAUUAAGAAGGGUGAGCGUGAAAUUUAUGAUCCCGUGAGAGGAGCUAUUGCAGUAGUUCAAAUAAGCUCCAAUAGAUUAUUUUCGCUAAAGAUUGAUGAUAUUCAAUCUUGUUUGAUGGCUGAAGUCAAGGAUUCCUCAUGGUUGUGGCAUUUUCGUUAUGGUCAUUUGAGUUUUAGAGGAUUGAAGACACUUCACCAGAAAAACAUGGUCACAUGGCUUCCUCAAAUUACUGCUCCUUCCAAAAUCUGUGAAAAAUGUGUUCUUACCCAAGUACUCUAUGAUAGUGACGUUGAACUAGAGAAAUUUUCAGCAGCUUGCACAUCAAAAAAUUCAACAACUUCAGCAACAGUUGCUGUAGAAAAUAAAGAAACAACUCGGCCUGUUGGGCAUAUUAGAAGAAGGCCUGCUUGGAUGGAAGAUUAUAUGGUAACUGAAAUUGAAGAUCCAAUUACUCACUUUGCUUUAUUUUUAGAUUGUGAUCCUACGUCUUUCGAGAGUGCCGUGAAGGAAGAAAAAUAG